ACAAACAGCACCUAUUUAACAGAAUGCAGCAGCUCUCUUUUGUUGUUUUGAUAGCAGCAGUGAAUGUUUUUUUCCUGAGCGUGUAGGGUAUUUGUAAGUAGCCCCAAAACUAGAAUUUAACAACUAUGUCAGGUUGUGUAUACCUUGAACUUGUAAGUGUGAGUUUUUGCUGUGAUAGCAGGUCCCUUUGAACGGAGCUUUUUCAACAGUGCAGUUGCAUGGAGACUUUGGAGAAUAAUUCUCAUUGUGGGUUCUAUCACAGCUUUGGCAAAACUGAUCCAGUUUAACAAAAUGCCUCUCAAGAUACAUCUGCAUGGUGGCAGAUUAAAAUGUUUGCAGUACCCUUUGUUGUUUUGCAAAAUGAGGGGUACGUAGGAUUUCUUGAAACUUCUGAGGUAAAUAUUAAUAACUGCAAAUUAAGAGAAGAAAGUCUAUUGUGGUUUGAAAUGAACAUGUUAAGAGGCUGGAACCAAAGAAUCAGGAUGGAUGGAGAGACAGCAAGAUUUAAGUGACCAGAAGUAACCCAAGGUGUGAAGCUCAAGCACAUUUAGAAUAAAAUAUGUCAGCCCUCUGCAGUCCUGAACAUGAGUCUCACCUGGGCGUAAUUUCUGAGCCCCCCCAGCUCUGUGUGUCCAGAGCCUGGUCCCACGUCCCUCCUGCACCGCUCAGCCUCGCCGGCGCAGCCUCCAUCUCUAAGUGAACAAACACAAGCCCUGGAUUGAGACAUCAUACCACGGAAUCAUAACUGAAAAUAAUGACACUGUAAUUUUGGAUCCUCCCCUUGUUGCUUUGGAUAAAGAUGCACCUGUUCCCUUUGCAGGUGAAAUCUGUGCUUUUAAAAUCCAUGGACAAGAAAUGCCCUUCGAAGCUGUUGUGCUAAACAAGACAUCUGGAGAAGGUCGUCUUAGAGCAAAAAGUCCUAUUGACUGUGAACUGCAGAAGGAAUAUACAUUCAUCAUCCAGGCCUAUGACUGUGGAUCUGGACCAGGUGGAACAAACUGGAAGAAAUCUCACAAGGCAGUGGUCCAUAUCCAAGUAAAGGAUGUCAAUGAGUUUUCACCAGUAUUCAAGGAGAGCAUGUAUAAAGCCACCGUGACAGAAGGGAAGAUCUAUGACAGCAUACUGCAGGUAGAAGCCAUAGACGAGGACUGUUCCCCACAGUAUAGCCAGAUCUGCAAUUAUGAAAUUGUCACAACUGAUGUUCCUUUUGCCAUUGACAGAAACGGUAACAUCAGAAACACAGAGAAACUAAACUAUGAUAACCAGCACCAGUAUGAGAUAAUGGUCACAGCCUUCGACUGUGGGCAAAAACAUGCAACCGAAGAUGUCUUAGUACGAGUUAACGUCAAACCAGUGUGCAAACCAGGCUGGCAAGACUGGAACAAACGGAUUCAAUACAAGCCUGGUUCUGGCAGCAUACCUUUGUUUCCCAGCAUUCAUCUAGAAACGUGUGAUGGACCAGUUUCCUCAAUACAUGCAACCAUUGAAUUACAGACCAAUUACAUUGGAAAGGGUUGUGAUCGUGAAACGUACUCAGAAAAAUCUCUGCAGAAAUUAUGCGGAGCUUCCUCAGGUGCCAUUGACCUGUUACCAUCUCCCAGUGCAAAAACUAACUGGACAGCUGGGCUUCUUAUGGAUAACAAUGACAUGAUUUUUAAAUUUGAUGGAAAGCAAGGAGCCAAAAUCCCAGAUGGAAUAGUCCCAAAGAAUUUAACUGAUCAAUUCACCAUCACUCUGUGGAUGAAACAUGGUCCUAGUCCGGGAUUAAGAGCUGAGAAGGAGACUAUUCUCUGCAACUCUGACAAGACAGAGAUGAACCGACACCACUACGCCCUGUACGUGCACAAUUGCCGAUUAGUGUUUCUGUUGCGCAAAGACUUUGAUCAGGCUGACACCUUUCGUCCUGCGGAGUUCCACUGGAAGCUGGAUCAGAUUUGUGAUAAAGAAUGGCAUUACUACGUUGUCAAUGUUGAGUUUCCUGUUGUUACUCUAUACAUGGAUGGAACAACAUAUGAACCUUACCUUGUGACCAAUGACUGGCCUAUCCACCCCUCCCACAUAGCUAUGCAGCUGACAGUUGGGGCUUGUUGGCAAGGAGGUGAAGUCACCAAGCCCAGAUUUGCUCAGUAUUUCCAUGGUAGCCUGGCCAGUCUUACUAUCCGACCCGGCAAAAUUGAGAGUCAGAAAGUGAUUUCCUGUUUGCAGGCCUGCAAGGAAGGUCUGGAUAUUAAUUCUCUUGAGAGUCUUGGCCAAGGAAUAAAGUAUCACUUCAACCCUUCCCAGUCAGUCCUUGUCAUGGAAGGAGAUGACAUUGAGAAUAUAAAUCAAGCUCUCCGAAAGGUCUCAUACAUCAACUCUAGACAGUUUCCUACUGCAGGCGUACGACGACUCAAAGUCUCAUCUAAAGUCCAAUGUUUUGGUGAAGAUGUCUGCAUUACUAUCCCAGAUAUAGACGCGCAUGUAGUGGUGUUUCAGGCCAAUGAGCCCAAGAUUACGAUAAGUGGGAUGGACCACUUUGCUAGACCAGCUGCACAAUUUGAAACUGAAAGAGGUGUUAUUUUGUUACCUGACAUCAGGAUUGUCAGCACAGUCACUAAAAUGGAGCAUCCAGUGGACUUAAAAGAACAUGACAGAGACAAUAAGCCGGUGGUAUUAGAGGAAAUGCUCCACAACUUGGAUUUCUGUGAUAUUUUGGUCAUUGGUGCAGAACUAGAUCCUAAACAAGAGUGUUUAGAACUAGAUCGUGUUGAGCUUCAAGGAAAACAUCUGGAUGCCACAAAUUCCACAGCAGGAUAUUCAGUCUAUGGUGUGGACAACAUGCACAACUACGAACAGGUUCUUCGGCAGAUUCGAUAUCGUAACUGGUUCACUUCUGCCACCUUUGACCGAAAGUUCAGAGUCAAGUGCUCCGAGCUCAAUGGACGUUACACCAGCAAUGAAUUUAACUUGGAGGUUAAUAUUCUACACAGCUCCAACUCCAACUUCAUGGACCAUGUAAAUCAUAUGAUAGUAGAACCACAAUUUCUCCAAUCUGUCCGUCACCCAGAGGAAAGCGUAAAUGCUGUUCACAACUCAGUUGUUCCAAGUGUGGCUACUCUCGUUAUCAUAAUCUGUGUGAGCAUACUCAUUUUCAUCAUAACCUUGGGGGUCUAUCGAAUUCGGACAGCUCAUCAGCACAGCGCUGCGGACAACGAAGGAAGUAAAGAAAAUGAAAUGGAUUGGGAUGAUUCUGCUCUGACUAUUACCGUCAACCCCAUGGAGAAAUAUGAAAAGCCUCACCAGACAGAAGAGGAGAGUGAGGAAGAAGACAUAGAAGAUGAAGAUGAAGACACAACCAGUGCUGAAUCAGAUGAAAGUGACGAGGAAGAGGAGGAGGAGGAGGAGGAAGUGAUCGUCCAAAAGAGAGACAAACAGAAUGUCACCAGGCAAGAGCAGCUGGAGUGGGAUGAUUCAACACUCCGGUACUAAGAGCCCUCCAGCCACAUUAUUCUUUUGUAACAACCAAUACAAUGUUUUUUCAGAGUCUAUGAAUUCAUUGACAGGAUUUGAACUUCUGCUUGCCUAUUACUGUUUUGCCUAAAAUGAUCUUGUUGUAGUAACUAAUAAUGAUAGAACUGACCCUUUUCUUACAAAGCCUGGAGGAAACACUGUACAAAGAUACUGGCAUCACCAGUAAUAACGUAAUCGAGAACCUGAUCUGUUAGCAAGCGUAGUUCUCCAUUUCCUGUUUCUAUACUGCAGAUGUGUGACAAAAGUCCUGUCACUCAGUCCACAGAGGUUUUUACUUUUGCUAUUUUUUUCAUACAGGAGAGAUUUCGGCUUGUUAUGAAGAAUUACUUGUGUGGGUCCAAAUAGCAGUUGCUGUUUGACUUCACACUCUUAUAGGUGUAAAUAUAAUCCACCUUCAGUUCAGGGCAGAGUUUUAGUGCUACAGGUGACAGAGACUGAAUUCCAUUUGUUGUCUUGUCCUGCCUUCUUGGAUGUUAACUGUUUUCUCCAAGGAAAUAUCUAGGACUUGACACGGGAUGCAUGUGUGCCUGUGUAGAAGUGGACGGUGUAUUUUUCAGGCAUGCUGAAAAACCCUUGAGACAAGGUUUUUAUCCAACAUACCCACAGAAACUUAAGGGAGUUUAAAAUACAGCAACAACAAGGGGCUACUGAAGCUUAAAAAAAAGAAAUUGUUCUGUUUCCACAGACUGAGUAAAAUUAUCUUAUGCAAACCGUAAAUUCUAAUGGGAUUGAUUUGCUGAAAACCUGUAGAGCUGUUCAUUAGUUAUGGAUUGAGCAAUUUGCAGCAAAUCGAUGCUUUAAACUGUCUGUCUUGUAAAAUCAUUAGCUUGCUGCGGUGUCUUACUGAAGUAGUGGAAAAUAAGUGACCCCAUUAUUCCAUAGCUGUGUAUGGUUGGGAUUUAAACAGUGGUUUUACAUGAUUAAAAUGUUCCCUUUUGCUUUAGUGAAUACCAGCCGGAAUUCCUGUCUGACUGUAUUCUUUAAGACAUUAUGCCCUAUUUCUUCUGUAUACUUACCCACCUCUGAAUGGCACAAGAGAAAAAGUGACAACAUACACAACAGUCAGCUCUGUUUUGUGCUCAUUAAUUCCCCCUUAUUUUUUCUUCCUGAAGCCAUUAAUGUUGAGAAGAAGUUUUAUAAAGUAGAACAAGAAGAAAUAAAACCUACCUGGAACCAAAAGAAGUGAAAACAAAACCUAAACUCUUAAGGGGCUGAAUACUUUAGUUUGUUAUGGUAACACAGCGUAUUUUUCUUAAACACUGAUUAAAAAGGAAAAAAGAAAAAAAAAAGCAAAGCUACGUACAAUGUGUCGAUAAGUCUGUGUGGUGUGGUUUUUGUCCCCUUACUAACUUUGCGUACCAAAUGAUGCCGCACUUGCUGGGAUAUCCGCUCUAAUGCGUAAAAAACAAAAUGGCAUGGAAGUAAAUGCUGCCAACUGGCUUGUGUGUUUUUUUCCUAAGUACUUCCUUUUCUUUACAGUUUUAUCACUGACUUUUGUUUUUGUAAUUUGCUGUUUAAAACGAGCUGCUUCCUCUUCUCCUCCCUCCCAGAGAAACGAGCAGUCAGUCUUGCAGCAACAGGACCUUCCUGAGCACCCAUGAGUUGAUAUUGCAAAGAGUAACUUGAGCAAAAUUAAAGGGUACCCACCUCCUUCAAUACUCAAUUAUUAGCAACUCCUGAACAUCUUGGAAUAUGGAGAAUAUAUUCUGGGUUUGGGAGUUCUUUUAAUUCCAGUUUCUGCAUCUGAUAGUUGCAGGGAAGAUUGCCAGCAACUAGAGCUUGUAGUUCAACUAGAAAGGAAAUGAAAAGAACUCCAAAUUAAUUUUAAAAUUAGAGAUCUUUGUGUUCUUUUUUGACGUGCCAACAAUCGUGUUGGCACAUCAUUGUUAAGACUGGUAAUAUAUAAAGUUUUUCUUAUGUGAGCAGUCCUGUGUUUGUUUUUUUUAUUCUGGUCUCUCACAUGUAUUAAACUUACAAGAAUAUUUGCGGAAUCAAGCCCACAUAAAUACUAUUUCUCUAUAGGAAUAGAUAUUUUAAAAUUGGCCAAAAUUUGUUUAAUAAAAUACUAAUUUUAAAAUUUCAGAAUAUCUUGAACAGAAAUGUUAUGAAAAUGUUAUAUUUCCUAGCAUCCUAGUACCCUAAAGAAUUUCCUAGUGGUAAUUAUGGUAGUGACACGAAGCAGACUCUUCGUGAUGCUUAUUAUCAGCACACAUCAGCAAAGCAUUCUUCUCAGAAAAAAAAAUAAUAGAUAUUUAAAAGUUCAAUUUCAUAUUUAAAACUGGACUUAAAUUAUUUAAAAUUUAAUCAUUUAAAAAGUCUGCCUUUCCUGAUUAUUAUUGUUAUCACAGCAAACACCAAGGCAAUUUGAAAACAGCAGUUUACAACCUGACAAGCCUUUAGUGCUUUUAUAUGUUCAUGUGUUCGUCGGUGUAUUUCUCCAUCUAACAGUUUUUUAGCUUUUUGUUACUAGAAGCAAAUCUUUUCAGAUCACGCUGGUACAUUGCACAAGAAGCAAACAAAGUAUUUUCUCUACUGUAGGUAAACCUACAUUUUUAAACCUAAGCAAAGUAAUACAGGCAUGUGUGUUAUCACUAAAAUUUGGUUUGCAACAAGAUACUCAGCAAACUCAAAUGUAUCACUGUCCUUAUUUUAGAUUACUCCUUGGAGAGCAUUAUGCAGCAUUUUUCAUUCAAAUAAACAGAAAAAUCCUUUCCACAAAAUGUUAGUGGGAAUGAGAUACUUUACAAAAUGAAGCUUAGAAUUAGAAUAUCAAUAUGGAAGUUGACAGCAACGGCUUCAUGAGCAAAAGCCUACUAGGAGAGUAACAUAGAAAAAUCACUUUUUCAUAAAUAAUUUUAACAAUAUUUCCUCUCCUCCAUUAAGCAUUAUUUGAUGUCAAAUACUUGCUCAAAACCAAACCAGAACAUGUACAUAUAUAUAUAUAUAUAUAUAUAUAUAUCUCUGUGUGCACACAUAUACCCCCCCACACACAACUGCUUUUUGCCCCUAAUCAAAAGCCAAAUAUCUCUCCUUUCCUCUCUGAAAAAAAAGUGUUUAUGCUGUAAAUUUUGAAAUGGCAACUGCGGUGUCUGGCUCUUCAGGAUGCAAUGUUUAUCCUUAGCCCUGUUGUGAGUUUGAGCUAUGAAGAAAAACAAAUAAAGGCAGUUCUUUACAGUAGCAAUAAACAAGUGCAACCAAAAAAAAUCCCCAUCUCUGAAGAGGUACUUGUAAUGCAUGACAUCAGGAACCUGUGGUGCCAGAGCUCUAAAGUGACAUCACAUCAAUGAAUGCCUUUACAUUUUUGAAAUUCUAAUCUAAGGCUGGGAAAAGCUGCAAAACCUACAAGUGCAAAUUCAAGAUGGUGAUAAACCUGAAUUACUGUAACUGCCUAAGUUGCUUUUUGUGAUCAAUAGGCUCACAUUUCAUUUUCACUUCUACCCUCUUCACAGCUAUUUUAUCUUUGCAAAUCAAACUUAAAAUGCAUAUUUUUUGAGAUUAAGCUCAAUAUUUAUUUCAAUUGCAUUGGCUGACACCAUUUAGAUUAAAUUAGAAAUAGACAUCUAGGGUUCAUGACAUCUUUAAUACUAAUUAAAAUAAAAAGUUGUUAUUUGUUCAGUAGUGGCUCAACUGCUUCUUAACUGGUGAUGAUCUGCCUGGCCAAGGCCUAAUGGGAGAGAGUGCAGUUUAUUUCCCUUUCUGGUGUGUCAUGGUGCUGGCCUUGCUGCCAGUACAUUCACCAUCCUUCAUUCAGGAAGAAAAUAAGACUCAGAAAGGGUCAGAGGGUUUAUAUUUCCUCUAGUGGGGAUGAAAUCCAGUGUCUCCAUUGCAGGAGCUGUCCUUGCCUGACCCUAAGCUGAAAUAAUGCCAUGGGACAGUAGUAGCCCCAGGUUAAAGCUGGUCAGAGGGUACUUUGAUGAGCCGUGCACCUGCUUUGUUUCUCAGCUGUCUCUUUCCCUGACCUGUAACACGAGAGGCAGCUCCAGUGCUUUUACCUGGUGGGGAUCCCCGCAGGUUGGGACACGACACUUCCUCUUCUGGAAGUUUUAGUGCCAGCACCACCCCAGUCAUCUCCACCACUGUCCACGCUUAGCAAAGAGGAGUCUUCAGUGAAGUGACAGCGGGUAAAGCUCUGUUGGGAUGGACUCAUGCAGCUGCUCCUGGAAUAUAUAUGAUAAUACCAAGAUUAAGGAUAUUUGCAAUAGCAUAUGGAUAAGCAGGGAGAGGAAAUUUAACUGUAAGGACAUCUCCAGGACUUAAAAAAAAAAAUCACCUCUUCCCUAAACUCAUACAUAUUGACUAGAUUAGAAAGCUUAAUAGUAGGGUAUCCCCAUCAGUUUUUGUAUGCUUAUUGAAAAUGACAGUAAAACCUCAUAGCAAAAUGCAGUUUCCAUCUAAACAAUUACGAGGAAUUUAGCCAUAGGCAAAGGAGCCAAAUACUACAAAACCUUGGUGUCUGACAUCAUGACUUUGCUGGGCAAAUGUGCUUCACCUCUGUGGAGCGUCGCUGUUUUGUGGAUGUAUGCUGUCUACUCUUUCAGCACUACACUUAAAAAGCAACCAAUAGGUUAACAGCAAGAGAACAGUUCAUUUGGCAGAAAAAUAAAGGUGUCGUAGCUUGUAAAAACAUGUUUAAAAUACACUUACUUGGUGUUGAAAAAGAACAAUUUCAUGAACUAAAAUUUUGGACAAAUAUUGACAGUUGGUAGACAAAUAACAGUGAUAUGAGCAGAAUUUUGAAAAACACACACAAACUGAUAAAUUACGUUGCAUAUAUAUAUAUAAUAUAAAAUUUUGUAUACAUACAAAUUUUAGGUUAUAUUGUAUGUGUGUUUUUAAAAAUAUAUAAAAAUAUAGAUUAUCUGGGUUGGAAAUACACCUCUUGUUUUAUCCAGCAUUUUCUAUGAAGCUGCAUGGAUUUAGGCUGCACAGCUGGAUAUGCUCUGAGACUUAGCUGGAAAUGCUGGCAUCAAGGUAUAUAGCAUCUGUGCCCUAAAAAUGGGGCCAUUUAUGGCUUUUUAGCAUCCCAGUCAGAUGCGAGUCAUCGUGCUGGCUAGCUGGAAAUCACAAACAAAUGGCCCAUGAGCUCUGCUUCUGCCAUGAUAAAAUUACUGAACAACAACAAAAAAGUGGACAUAGGUGGAGGAGCCUGGAUGUGCAGCAGCCUCAUCUUGAAGUGUCGUUUACUUUGACCAUAAGCCUUGGGAUUAGCGCACCUCUAGAUGAUUCCUGUAGCUGCUGACCUUUCCUCAGUAUCCAUAAGGCAGUUCUCAUACACCAGUUGCGCAAAUCUAAGGGGGAAAUAGAAAAAUAUAUUUAAAAACAUAGGUCUGUCAAAGACAGCAAAAGUAAAAGCAAAUUUGAAAUGACAAAAAAUAUUACUGUUAAUGGUACAUAAUGCUAUGCUAUGUAUCAUCUUCAUGUUUCAACCAGUAUCGCCAACCGCAUAAUAGCAUUAGAUUUCUGCUUCCUCAGGCUGAGCUGAGCAAGAUGACAAGUUUUGUUCAUGCCACAUCCUCAUUGCCCACACUUCAUAGCAUACAAACACCACUCCAAACAGCCAGAGGAAUGGCAGCCACCCUUGUCCCUCAAAGCCCUAGGUGUUGCCAAAAAAACAGCACUCCCAUGCUCACUUUGCAAUAGAAUAUAAACACUUUCUACACUACCCAGAAGCAAACAGUGAUCUGUACAAUCUUUGUAUAUUUGUGUAAAAUGGUUUUGUUGUUUGGUUUUUACCUUUUAAGAAAAAAAAAAGGGUGGCAUAAGAAAUGUGUCAGGUUUGUGUGCAUGUUUCAGAUUUCCAGUGAAAGAAAUGACAGUUUCAGAUGAGCCGACAAAAGAAGGUGUAUCCAGUGAUCAGACUAUUUGCUUUAGCACUAGGGUGUUUUGUUUCUCGGUUUUGGUUUGCUGGGGUUUUUUUGUUAUUUUGGGGUGGUUUUUUUUGUUAGCCCCUCCUGGAUUCCAGGUUCUUUAUUAUUAGCAUUGAGAAUAAAGACAGGUUCGAAGGAUGACCGCUAGAGCUACAGCAGAGUAAAACACAUACUCUGUUUACACACCCAAUCCCAAGAAGUAUUUCUGCUAAAUCGAUCAGGAAAAUUGUUCCAGCAAUAUCGCAGAAGGUAACUAUACUUCAUUACCUUUGUAUGAGUAACAAAGUACAAGCACGGUAUAAGGGUUUUUUUGUGUUGGUGGUUGGUUGUUUUUGCCUUUUUUGUUUGUUUUCCUAAAGAUGACAGGAACAUAAAAUAGAAAUCCACAAUGCUUAAACAUAGCAAAAGUGAAAGGGGAGCAAGGGCUUUCAUUUCAUAAAGCCCUGUCUAACAAAGGGUUUUAAAAUAAUAAACAAUUUUAACCCACAUUAUUGAAGCUUAGGCACAAGAAAAUGAAUCCAGGAGGUUUUGCAUGAUCACAACUUCAUUCCUAAUGAUGAAUAGAGAGUUGCUAAUCUGGUCCCCUGCUUCCCAGGAGGCAUUUUUCUGCCUUUUGAGUCGGUACUGACAGUGGUUCACUACAUAGAGUUUCCAUUUCUCUGCUUGUAAAUAGGAAUAAUGAUGCUGACAUCCCUCACAAAGUACUGUGAGCCCUGUAAGCGAAAAGCACUGUCGAAGAGCUUGGUGGUGGUAUGAUUCAAUAAUUCUGCUGCAGCUCUUCUUACAGCCCUCCAUUGUGGAGCACCCUAUACACUUGCAAAAUCAAUGACACAAUGGUUACAGUCAAGAACUUUGGGCUCGUUUCAUUAGUUACUGCCUAUAAAGAAACACAAUAGCUUGAAACAUUACACACAUUUAAAACAGUUUAGAAAAAGCCCUCAUUCCUAUUUUCAACUCUAACUUGUGUGGAAAUAGUGCAUUCAUCAGCUGUUGAAGCUGCAGGGUCACGUAUUGUCACUAUUUAUUCCCCUGCAGAGAACAAAGCAGAAGAGUUUUUCCCCAGCUAAGUGCAGUGUGUGAUAGAAGAAUGCAGCUUUCGCUAGGUGAGGUGCAUAAAGCCUGCCAAACGCAAAGAGAAACUCUUUCCAAACGGGGACUUCAAAACCAGAAAAUUCCAUGGGAGUAAAAGGCCUUUCUGCUGCCCUACUGCUGUCCUUUUGUAUAAACCUGGAUACAGUUUUGGGUUUUCAGAGCCAUCUAACUUCCUAACCAGAUAUAAAGUUAUUUCAGGUCAGUGACUACAAUGAGAUUUCGAGCCAAUACUGAAACCGACAACAAAUUCUUGUCUACAGUCUGCUUAAUGUGCACCUGAGAAGGUGGAUGGUCGUUUUAACUGGGCAUGCUCUUUGGAACGUGGAAUUGAUUAAUUGCAGCCAGUUCUUUUAGAAAAUUGAAUUGUCAUUUAGGGAAGAGUGAACAGGGAGGUAGAAAAGAAUAUUGCAUGAAUAACAGAGAGAGUUACGGUUUUCAGCUGAUGUGAAAGAAAGCUGGAAUUUCAUCUUCUAGAAAGAAGAGAAAUUAAAAGCUUGAGAGUCAAACAGCAGGAAAACGGAAACACGCUAUUUUCAUGUCCAGAACUGACAGCUAUCAACAAUCGGCAAGAAGGAAAAAGGAAUAUAGGAUGUUGAAGAGUCCCGAGAUGGCCGUGUCUGUAUGCAUGCACACAUAUGCAUGUAUACAUAUAUACGUAUACAGAAUAAUCACCUAAUCAUUUCCAGCAUGGAGGUGGUGGUUGUAGUAAUGAACUAGAACCUUAAGUUAUGUUCCAGGGUUGCUGCUGUUUGCAGCAGCUUCAUUAGUUACAGUUCACUACCUCCAGCAGAGCUGGGAAGGGAGUGAGACCACGACAAAAGUUGCUAUACGGUGUCUGUAUUAUGUGGAAAUAUUUUACGGCCAAGGCAGGCUGAUGGUGAUUUGCACAUAAACUUUUUGCCUGUAGUGAAUUAAAUUUCAUUGUACAACUACCACCCAUUUUAAUUUGAGGUAAGAGACAGAACUUCUGCACACACACAACUGUUUUGAUGAGAUUUUCUACAACCAACAUGCUCCAUAGACUGGAGAAGGAAUGGGGAACACCCAAGAAAGACUGUACUCCAUGUUGCAAAGGCCCUUAUUUAAACUUUUUGUAAUGAUCCAAUUCCUUAAGUGACCACAUAGUUAGAAAUCUUCAUUUUUGAAAAUACACAAGACAGAAAAAUUUUCAAGGAUAACAAUAAUCUCUGGAUGUUUCUGAGAGCUGAAGCUGUUACCUCCAUUCUCAGAUCCUCUACAAACUGAUCUGAAAAAUGUGAGGUACAUCUCAAAAGAUGCCUUUUUAUAUUCUGUUGUGAAUACUGCAGCAGCAGAAUCUUGGGGAAAUACUUGAUUGUGGUUAACAGGCAGUUCUGUUCAAAGGGUCAUCACAACAGAGAUAGAAACAUACCAGAGUGCGUUAUUGCUUUGCAGAAUAACACACACUGUGGCUAAGAUUCCUAAUAAAUGUUUCAUCUACAUUUCAUUGUGUUUAGAAGUUGCUGCUGGACUCAUUAAAUCCUAGAAAUAAAGAUCAGUAGACAGAAAGGAAAAACUAAUGCAGGUAGAGUAUUAUGCUAACAGUGCAGAAUUGUUCCCUAGAAUAUAUUUUCUAGUGUUAGAGGCAGGAGUGGGGGUGUUUCAGCCUACUUUAGUGUUCAUAAGCCUGGGGCUUCUACUCCUUCCCCUGAGAGAUUAUUCUACAAUCUAUUAGAAUUCACCAUUAGAAAGCUUUUCCUGAUAAUGACUUUCAAUAAUCCUUUUUGUAAUUUUUAUCUCAUUAGUCCCAGUUAUAUCCUUUUGCACUACCCUAAAUAUUUCGUCUAACUAUGAUUUAUAUCCUUUGAAUAUUUUUAGAUAGUUAUCAAGUUUGUUGCCUUGGGUCAUUUCUUAGGGAAGCUAUGAACCCCCCUCCUUCCAAUUCAUUCUUUCAGACUCAUCUUUUCUUACCUUUUCAUGAAAUGUCAUUAAUACACAAACUGAAAACCUGGUAUCCUGGUAUUUCCUUCAAUUGAUCACGGUCAGUUCACUCUGUUAAAGUGCUCUGUGUUGGUCUGUGUCACUGCAUAGCUUGUCAAAGAUUUAAAAAAAUUUAUAUUGAAACUUGAUUUUUAAAAUAUCUUUUCUGUAAUCUAUGGUUAAGUUAUGAUGUAAUAUGAAUUUGGCAGCAUCUUUUAUGUCAGUAUGGUUUGACAAAGCCAACCAAUAAACAUUGGAACCAAACAAUAAUACAAA